GUUAUAAGUGGACGCCGUUUUCGUAAUCCUGUUUCACUCGCUAAAAUGAUCAUGCAAGAAUCAAAGCAUUGUGCGUUAAGUGGCGAGGGAGCUCUGAAGUUUGCAAAGGAAAAAAAGUUUCCCGUCUUUGAUCCGCAAGACUUGAUAGCUCCACGUGCCGAAUGUCUGAAUGUUAAGUACCCAGAUUACGAGGCGUAUGUGAAUCAUCACUAUAAAGGAGAGCCAUUAAUGGAAUGUCAGGACACAGUUUCAGCUGUGGCCAUGGAUGCCAAUGGUCAUUUCGCUUGCGCCACCUCAACAGGUGGUAUAGCAGGAAAAUACAAAGGUCGUGUCGGUGAUGCACCGUUAGUUGGCUGUGGGGGAUACGCGAAUGAAUACGGAGCAGCAACUACAACUGGUGAAGGAGAGUCGAUAAUUAAAGUGACGUUGGCAAGAGAGGUUGUUUACAUGAUGCAACACGGUAUAGACGCCCAGGAAUCUGCAGAAAACGCUGUCAGUAAAAUGGAGCAGCGUGUCGGUGGCUAUGGCGGUGUAAUAGCCAUUGAUAAGAGAGGGAGAUUUGGGAAGGCUUUUAAUACGACUCAGAUGAUUUGGACAAGCAUUAAGAAUAACCAGAUGGAAUCGGGUAUGCCUGUGGAGAAAAACGACGAUCUCAACAGUAGAUUAAAUGCAUUUUGAAUGUAUCUUAACCUCGCGUGAUUACUGGUACUUCUAUCAAUCUGACAAUCACGAUUUGCAGGCAAUAGGACGAAGCAUGUUCACAGGCACUGUUCAACUGUUCAUCAUACUCAAUAACAUGAACGAAGGUUGGGAAAGUCGGUGUAGAAGGAGUGAGAUGAAGAAAAACAUAAGACGAAAUGAUGGACUAAAAUAGCAUUUAAUGAAACGGGAAAAUGAAAGGAAACUGAGAUAAAAUGGCAUGAGAUGGAACAAAAUAAAAUGAAGUGAAAACGAACAAAAUUAGCUGAGAUGGAGUUUAAUGGAAUAAAAUGAAAUGGGAUGAAAUGAGGUAAAAUGAAAUGAAAUGGGAUGAAAUGAAGUGGAAUAAAAAAAUGGAAUGAGGCGAAGUAGAAUAAAACAAAAUUGAAUGAAAUGUGAUGAGAACAAAAAAGGUGAAGCGAAAUGGAAUAGAAUUUAAUCAAAUGGCGUGAAAUGGAGUGGAAUGCAAUGCAAGUGAAAUAAAAAAAAUGAAAAAAUAAAUGGUUUGAAAUGUAAUGGGAUGAGAUAAAAUGAAGUGUAAAAAAAGACGAAACAAACAAAAAUAAAAUAAUGAAGUGAAUUGAAAUGACAUGAAAUGGUGAUAAAUGAAAUGAAAUAAAAUAAAAUGAGGCGCUUAAUAUCAGAGAUGGGCAGAAAAAGGCCCCAAAAGGGCACGGGGGUUACUACAAGGAGAGGGCUUGUGUUUAAUGAUAAAAUAAAAAUAGUAAUAAAAAUAAUAUGGAAUGAAAUGAAAUACGAUGAAACGAUGAUGGAAUGGGAUUAAAUGAAAUGGAACGGAAAAAUGAAAUGAGGUAAAUAAAAGCAAAUUGAAUGAGAUGGGAUAAAAUGUGAAUGAGUGAAAUAAGGUGUUAAAUAAAGUAAAAUGAAAUGAAUUCAUAAAUUAAAAU